AUGGAUUUAUAUUACAAUAUCCUUUCGACGCCGUGUCAAAGCGUGUUGCUAGUAGCAAAGAAAUUGGGAAUCAACCUGAACUUAAAGAGAAUUAAUUUACGCAAUCCGGUUGAGAAGGAGGCCCUGAGUAAGCUCAACCCACAGGCCGUCAUCCCCACGCUUGUGGACAACGGACAUGUUGUGUGGGAGUCGUACGCAAUCGUCUUUUAUUUGAUGGAAAAGUACGGUAAAGAUGACACCCUCUAUCCGAAAGAUCCCAAUGUGCGCUCUGUCGUCAACCAGCGGCUGUUCUUCGAUAUCGGUACCCUGUACAGGAACCUCCUGUUCGUUGUCAUACUUGUAUUCAAAAAGGAACAACCGUCCAACGAACAGAUGGAAAAGCUGAAGAAGGCGAUCGAUCUGCUGGAAGGAUUCGUUACCGAGCGAUCGUACGCAGCCGCCGAUCAUCUAACAGUGGCGGAUAUUUUCCUGCUCGGAACAGUGACGGCUUUCAACUGGCUCAAGUACGAUCUUGAGCCGUAUCCGCACAUUAGAGAGUGGGUUUCCCGUGUAACGACCGAAUUGCCGGAUUACGCCGAGUUCCGGAAGGAAUUGGACAAAGGUACCAAGGCAUACUUUUCCAGCCGAAUGUGA